CGCCCACUCCAGAAAUAUGGGUGUGGCUAGGCUGCCCUGCUGUGGGAGACAUAGGCAGUUUCCUGCUUCCUAAUAAAGCAGCUGUGACUGAGACAAGAGGGGACAGCGGUGACUGUUCAGCCCAGGAGGAAGGCACAGUGAGGGGGACUGUCUGCUGCUACAGAGGGGCUACUGUCCUACUGUCUGUGGCUCUGGGACUCCCCCACUCAUGCUGCUCUAACUGCAGGGAAGAGACUGGGACCUCCUGAUGGCACUUUAAUUGCAGGGAACCGAUAAAGGUGCCCCCUAUGGAACUAUAACUAAAAGCAACCCCCUAAAGGUACAGCGAGUGCAGGGAGAGACUGGGACCCCCUGAUGGUACAGUGAGUGCAGGGAGAGACUGGGACCCCCUGAUGGUACAGUGAGUGCAGGGAGAGAAGAGGAGGGAGCUGGAGCCGGUGCCGGUUGAGGUCUCAAUGCUGCAGGAAUAACAGAGCAACAAGGAGGCGCUUUAUCCCCAGGAUGAGCGGAGGAGAAGUCAUUCACUGCGGCUGGCUCAGAAAAUCCCCCCCGGAGAAGAAACUACGCAGAUAUGCAUGGAAGAAGCGCUGGUUCAUUCUCCGCAGUGGCCGGAUGAGUGGAGACCCAGACGUCUUGGAGUAUUAUAAAAAUGACCACACGAAGAAGCCCAUCCGGGUCAUUAACCUCAGCUGCUGUGAACAAGUAGACGCCGGUCUGACGUUUAAUAAGAAGGAGCUGCAGGACAGCUAUAUCUUCGACAUCAAAACCAGUGAUCGGACCUUCUACCUGGUGGCCGAGACGGAGGAGGAGAUGAACAAGUGGGUCCGGAGCUUAUGUCAGAUCUGUGGAUUUAACCAGUCGGAGGAGAAUGGAGAUUCGUUAAGGAAUAUCCAGUCUCUGAGACACAGCUCCAGGUCUUCUCCGGCAGAGUUCAACAACUCCACUCACCACCUUCUCAGGGAGAGAAAGUCUUCGGCACCUUCCCAUUCCAGUCAGCCAACACUGUUUACAUUCGAGUCUCCUUCCAACCAUGCUCACCAAACAGCAUUAUCCACCAGUGCACCUCAGGACUACCUGUUCCUGCACCAAUGCAUGAGCCAAAAAUCCGAGACCAUGCGAAGCGCCAGUUUUUCUCAAGCCACGAGGUCCUCCUUUUUUAUGAGAAGCGACUCAGCUGUCCAGAAGUUGGUCCAGGGCUACGGACAUUGCUUGAAUGGGAUCAGCGGACAAGUGCAUGGCUUUUAUAGUUUACCCAAGCCGAGCAGGCUUAGUUCUGAGUUUAGGGACAGUGCCUACGACCUGCCAAGAAGCUUUGGCUCAGACACCGCCACUAAGUCAAGCCUUACAGGACUGGAAUCGGAAAACGAGGAUGUUUACUGCUACAAAACUCCCAGCAAUGCUCUGUGUAAAGAGUUUAGGGAACUGUCAACGGAUUCCAUUGAUCUCCCUGGGACUCCUUUCUCGGUGUAUCAGAUCCCAAGAACAUUCACUCUAGACAAGAACCACAAUGCUCUGGGUCUUGCCUCCAAUGAUUUCCAUUCCACACCUCCUCCCCGUCCCCCUAAGCCAGGACAGGCAGAGACACUAUGGGGCAGCCCACAGCAUCAUCAUAAUGGUGAUAAUAUGUCAGUGGUCAAUCUUCCUAGGAGGAACACUUUACCAGCCAUGGAGAAUAAGCGUCAUCGAGCUUCUUCCUGUGAAGCCUACGACUUCCCUCAGCUUGGGGACCUCAGCGCGGAGCAGUCUGUGGAGUCGGUACACGAUGGUUUCAACUCGUAUCUGCAAACUAAAUCCUCGCUUGUGCGGUCAGACAGUGCUGAUUCUGAGGAUAACUAUGUUCCCAUGAACCCCGGCUCCUCGUCUCAGUUUAAUGUGGAGAAACUGAAUGACAAUGCUCAGAGCGCCUACCUCCCUAUGAGCCCCGGCCCCCACCUGGCUUUUUCCUCUAACUCACUUCCUGCCCGCAAAGGAAGUACCACCUCAUUGUGUCCCAGGCCAACCCGAGUGAGCGAUAUCCAACCCCCGCCUGUGAACCGGAACCUGAAGCCAGAUAGAAAAUCCAAGCCCACGCCACUGGACCUGAGGGGUUCCACAAUAAUCGAUGAGCUUCCUUUCAAGUCCCCAGUCACCCGGUCCUGGAGCCGACAGCCGCAUUCUAUGAAGUCCAGCUCGUCCCAGUACUGCCGCCCAGUGUCCGCUCAGAGUAUUACAAGCACCAGCUCAGGAGACAGCGAGGAGAAUUACGUAGCCAUGCAAAACCCAGUAUCUGCAUCUCCUGGAACCAGCGGAUCCAACAGUCCAGCUCAGAAGAAGAGCACGGGAAGUGUGGAUUACCUGGCCCUCGAUUUCCACCCUGCUUCUCCCAGUCCCCACAGGAAGCCUUCUACUUCAUCUGCAGCAUCUGAUGAAAAGGUGGACUACGUCCAAGUGGACAAGGAGAAGACUCAAGCCUUACAGAACACCAUGCAGGAGUGGACUGAUGUGCGCCAGUCUUCAGAACCAGCCAAGAGCACAAAGCAGUAGUGGACCAUACACGCCAACCAUCUGGACCAUACCAAGCGAUGGCCUCCUCUCUUACCAAUCGUUCAAUGGAAUGCUGCUCUGACUCUUUCUUGCAUGACUGUUGGACAACAUUAGAGUGCAUUUUAGGGCUCUGCCUUACGUUGCUGAUUGCAACUGUGAGCUUUUGGCACUGAAUAUGUAGGGAGCGUGGUUGCUGUAGAAUGGCGUACGGGACCUGAGCCUCCAGUUGGAGGCCAAAAAAUAGAAUUAGAUUCCUCUGUAACCUAGUGGCACAUAAAUAUAUUGAUAGAACUAGAAAAAAAAGUCUUAUGGUAACAGGUAAAUUAGAUGGUUUGACAUUCGAUCAUGUUGUGUUUUCCAAGGGGAGCUCAGCUGUGAUUUGGUGAAUGCCUAUAUCUAUCCAACUGGCUCCUAAUGGAUCUACCCCUUAUAAAGUGCAUCCGUGUUCUGGUCUUGUUGCCUGUUCAAUGAUAAUGUUGUACAUUGGCACAAAGUAGCCAAAGGAUUCCCUUGGAUUAAAGAUUGUUGGGCUACAACCACCAUUCCUGUCCCCCACUAUCACCUCUGUUGGGAGGGCAUGCUGGGAGUUGUAGCUAGACCAAAGCUGGUGCAUCAGAUCUCAUCUAUGCCAAGUUUAAUCACGUGUCAUACAUUUGCCGUUGCUGUUUUAGAUGCAGCGAAUUCUACCGUCCCCGUUUUAGUCCUAUACAGUAUUUAAGGUCAGUUUUUAAGGCUCCCAUUCCAAGGGCAGGAAACUAGUAUUAUAAGUGAGUAACAUGGGCAUCAUGAGAUGUGGUUCUAAGCACAUUGUAUGGUUUCCACAUUCAAGAAAGUCAUGUCCGUUAUACAGGCAGUUGCGUUUGACAGAAUAAAACAUUUGCCCUGUAACCCUUUAUAAUCGCAUGAAAAGUGAGUUUGUCUUAGUCUCUUUACUCAAGUUUUAAUUUAAACUGGGAAAAAAUUUGGGGGUUUACAUUCCCUUGAAAGUAAGUGGGCAGCAAUAAAUGCAAUUUUUAAGAUAUAUUUUUUAUCGGAUGACAGUUUGCCACCAUGGGUGAAACACCUGUUGUUAAGCCAUAGUUAGUAAAGUGGUGUCAGCUCCUCCCCCGCACAAUUUUAUAGUUACAGGCAGUGAAAUAAGCGGCAGUUUAAUGGGAGGCAGCUACUGGAGCUGGGAGAGCUGGUCUGGCAGGUACCAAGUGUUUCCAUGUAUGUGGGUUGGACCUGAUGAUAAACAAACAACAUGAGAUGCUUUUCCUUUGCUUUAAUUGUCAGCUGUCACUUUUCUGAACAAUGGGGCCUCGUUGCUGCCUGUGGCAAUUAGGGUAUUAAAAAGACAGUAACCUUGUUUCUCAGAACUCGUUGGGGGAUCUAGGUCCAAGUAAUUUAGUAUAUAUAUGCAAGUGCAUGUGUGUGUAUAAAAUCAGGGGUUUUUAAUUA